CCUUUUUUUUUUGGGAAAUUUGGCAAACUGCAAGCCCAUGUUCCUUAGCAACCAAGUCACGGCGCUGCCUGCCCAGCCAGCAGCCCAUUCUCGCCGAGAAACAGCCGGACAGGGCACCGUCGCACCCGCCGCGGAGUCAGGGACGACGCCGCGUCGUUUCAAAGCUACCUCCCGCUCCUUCCUUUCUCUGAAGUCUGAAUCUCCCGCUUCCCCGUCCAAAAUCCCCAAAUCCCCCGCCACCGCCACCGCCGCCGCCAUGCCUCCGUCACACCGGAACCUCCUCCCCCUCUUCAUCCCCUCCGUCCUCCUUCUCCUCGUUUCCUCCGCCGCCGCCGUAUCCGUCUCCACCCCCGUCGAGCUCACAGUCUCCUCGCAUCCGCCGGCCUCCGUGCACCUCCCGCCCGCGCGACCCGUCUCCGGUGGCGAUGCCGCCGGGCACUACUGCACGCGUGUUCUCCUCCAAGGCCGCCCCUCCCGCCUCCGCGACCCGUCUCGGUUCUUCCACGCGCUUCGACUCCGCGCCAACGCUACUCGCCCCCACGGCCUCGAGCUCUGCUUCCACAGAAAUGCCACGGUUGGGCCGUGCAAGUGCGCCGCGUCCCAGUGGCAGAAGAUGCCCAAGAGCGGGCUCUGGAUGCAAGCCAUCUCACCGUACGACCACCGGAUUCUGGAUUUCCGGAUGCCUGCUGACCCUUCGAGGUCUGUUGUGGUGUCCACAGAGGAAGAGUUCUUGCUCCACAGGGUGGUGUUCUUUGUCCUAGGGUUGGUGCUCAUGGCGGUGGCACACACAUUGAGCGAGUCUGUAGUGUUCUACUAUGGUGGAGCGAUGACGAUUGGCAUUUUCCUUGUGAUACUGAUCAUACUCUUUCAGGGAAUGAAGCUUUUACCAACUGGUAGAAAGAGUUCUCUUGCUAUUUUCGCAUACUCCUCAGUUGUUGGCAUGACCACAUAUUUUCUUCACUAUUUAUCGGGUAUGCUGCGCUCAGUUCUUGUGGAAAUCGGGAUUUCUGAAGACAUGCAUAAUCCUCUUGGAAUAUUCGUUCUUGUAUGUGUCAUCUUAGCUGGAGCCUGGUUUGGUUACUGGGGUGUCCGUAAACUUGUCCUGGCAGAAGAUGGAUCUGUUGACGAGGGUGUGGCUUAUUUUGUUGAGUGGGCUAUCUUAAUUAUUUCAGCUGUUAUGAUCCUCCAGAGUUCUCUGGACUAUCUCUUUGCAUUUGCGGCUUUGGUCUUCUGUGUAAUCAUCAAAGCGAUUGCAAGAAUUGAGGGAAAGUCAAAAGUUUUACGCUAUAUAUUCGGGGGUCUUUCUGGUGGAACCUCUAGUAUUCCAUCCCGUUAUGGAGAUUUGGAUGAAAACUAUUCUAGUAUGAAUGGAGGUCGCCAAGAUGGAUUUGGCAAGCUUCAUGGUGGAUACCAGAGACGUACACCAAGAAGAAACUCACCUUUUGCAGGCUCAGCGAAGACAUCGUCGCCAGGUGUUGCUAGGGACAGCUUCUAUUCUACAUUUCACACUACCCCAGAGAGGAGGAAAUUCUCAAAAGAGGAAUACGAAGCAUUCACGAGAGAGGAGACAAAGAAAGCUAUGAAGCAACUGUUGUCAUCACCGGAUUUCAACAGGUGGGCGUUGGCUAACGCAGACAGAAUAUCUGUGGCUCCACCAGGAGGAAGCUACAGCAGCAGCAACAGCCAGCAGCGGCAUCGUUUCUUGGGACUGUUUUGAGCUACGCGUGUGUAGUGUGCUUUCUUAGCAGCAAUAGGAGUGCUCAUUGCUCAGUGAUUCCAUGCGAGUUGAUUAGCAAGGGUAGGAUAACAUCUGAGUGUUCCACAUUUUGAGGUGGCAGCAAAUCUGUAGAAUAUUGUAGUUUAGUCGCAUCUUAGGUCCAAAGUCCAAACGGCAUCUGUCUGUAUCAACUUGUUGAGUUGUAUAUCACGCUUGAACAUCAUUAUGAUAGUCCCCCCCC